AUGCCCGAGACUCCUCUCCUGUCCUGUCCUGUCCUGUCCUGUCCUGUCCCGUCCGCUCACCCGUUCGUACAGGUGAAACCGCAAGACCGACAGCGAAGUGCACGUGCUUGCCUCCCUUGCAAGGCCUCCAAGAUUCGUUGCGAUGCGGCCUCGCCUUGUGGGCCCUGCUCCAAACGUGAGCGCACCUCAGCAUGCCUCUAUCUCGAGCCCUCGCGGAAGAGACAGAAGGUAUCGCCCUUUCCUACGCCCAGUCUGGCGCACACCUCGCCGCACGUCGAGAGCAGCCCCGUCCAUGGCCAUCGUAUGCCUCCGCCUACUUUCCCGCCUGACUUCCCGUCCGCUGCAUCGACUGCAGCCUCCGUCACCGAGAAUGCCACGCCCACGGCCGCGCCCACGCCCACUCCUACUCCCACUCCCGAGCCUGCCCAGUCGGCUUCCCGCUUGACACAGAGUCGUAUGCUGCUGAGUUCCAAGGGCGAGAAACGUAUGCUAUUCCACGAUAUAUCCCUGAGCAUCCACCCUGACCCUCUCUAGUCUACGUGGGCGAGAAUGCCUCACUAUCAUUCCUCCAGUUCCUUCGCCAGAUCCUGAAGAAGUACAUGGGCCCUUCUGCCUUCACCGAAAACCAGUUCAAGGACAAUAUGUUAGAAGUCGAGAUGACACGCGACGAGAAUCCGUUGGUCUUCGAUCAAACCCGUGGUGAGAAAUAUGCUCUUGUUCAAGCGUACCGCGAAGCUGUAAGUGCUCCCAUCGCUCAUCACGCAGCUCUUAUUAAUGGUCUCCAUAGUCUUCAGGCAUUAUCGAUCUCUUUACGGUCGAGGAGAUUCGAGCCUUUCUCGAUCGUCACGAUGCCCUCAGUCCCAGCACCUUCAUCGAUGAACAAGACAAACACGCACGCGCCGAACAAGCCGCAUUGAAUAUGAUGUUGGCGAUCGGAAGCCAAUGCCGAGGGCAAACCCCCUUCGACACCUACAAUGCUGCCAGAUCUUUCACGUGCGCGCAGAAGACGGCGUUCGAAGGCUUUCUUUGCGAUCCAAGCCUGGACAUGGUCCGGGUCUUUCUGCUCAUGGCCUUCUACAUGCUGGGUGCGUGUCACCGGAAUGCAGCCUUCAUGUAUUUGGGAAUAGCCUCCAAAGCAGCUUGUGCAUUGGGUCUGCAUCGCAAAGAGCAGUACAAAGGACUUUCAUCCAAGGAAUGCCUGGUUCGAUGGCGGACCUGGAAGAGUCUUCUUAUUCUGGACACAAUCGUUUCCUCCAUUCUCGGCAGACCUGGUGGCUUGCCCUCCAUGCGACCACAAGAUGAUAGUGCCUAUGACGGCGAUGAAGUAAUUGGCGAUUUCGAUCGACCUAGAUGGCUGGCCUCACGUGCCGUUUUCACCAUCUGCUCUCACAUCAUAGAACUGGAACAACAUCUUGGCAACGGAAAUAACAUGGACUCCAAUACAGCAGAGACCUUCCUUCAACGACUUCGUGAAUGGAACGAGACGUUGCCUGCCGAGCUUCGACAUUUUGCGAGCAUGAAGACCGCUACUUUGGGCCCCGCGGAUCGAGAACUCUUCAUAGGGGCUACACACGUCGCCUGCACGUAUUACUUCACCAUCAUCCUGGUGACAAGACCUUUCCUCAUCUCGCAUUUGAUAUCUCAGCUCCGCCGACGGACACCAAGUACCGAUCGACCCGAGCCAUCGCAUGUCUCCGACCUGGCCCAGGCAUGCCUUGACAGUGCUAUGUUCAUGGCGAAAACAGGCUAUGUCGCGAUCAAUUCAAGUAUCCUGUCUAACAACAUGUGCUUGCUAAAGUAAGCAUCGUGAGUGUAGCUACUGAUGAGAUCAAUGCUGACUCUGCUUAGGGCCUGGAUGUUUGCUGCUGGGCUUCUCCUGGGCUUUGUCAUGUUCGCCCAGCCCGAGCCCGCUCCUGAGGUCGAUGAAGCUUUUCAAAAUGCAAUAGCGGUUCUAGAACGCCUUGCUCAGGUCAGCCCGCAGGCGAGACACUACUUUGAGAUCCUCAGUACACUCUCGGAUGCCAUACAUACUCAACGCGAGCAGCGCGGAAGAGAAAGACGGAAGAAGAGCGAUCGCUUCGUCAGUCAGAUUUUUACCGCAGACUUUCACGAUGGUAACGCUAUGCCUCCACCGCCUGCAAACAUCACUCUUUCUUCUGGAACAUCAAAUAUCGACCCGGCACUUGGUGGGGAUUUCAACAGCACUGCUACGGGCUUCGAUUUUGAUACCCAGAGUUACGGUCUUUCCACGUUUCAAGCAGCCGACGAGUGGUCAGAUAUGCCUUUGCUAUCCGAUAAUCUGUACAUCGACUGGGAGUCCAUCUUGCCAGCCUUGGAUACCUAA